UCAAAGUAGCUGAAGCUCUUAAAGAUGGACUUCCUAUACCUGAGAUCAGGAAAUCAAUACUUUGUUUUUCAGGCAAACGAAUGUUCUGCAAAAGCUUCAAUUUUUGCAUGGCGUAAUCCUGAAAAGACUCCUUUGAAAAAUUCCAUUUUCUACUUUCUACUUUUUGAAAGGUUACACGAAAAGACUUAUUCAACUUGCUGGAAGCAGCUAGGAGAGUCACUUGAUCGGAAACAUCAUGGAUACGGGAAACGCGUUCAACUUUCUCAAUCCAAAUAUCGAUAUUUUCGUCUUCCGAACCAGAAAAAGACGGGAGUUGGGAUGCUAGCAGAUUGACGGCUUGAGCGACUGGAACUGAAGCUAAAACAGGUCUCUGAUUAAGAAUCGCAGCACC